AUGAGUAAGAAUUACAUGAUAAAUCCAGAGGAAGGAGAAAAAAACGAGCAAGUUGAAUGCAUACAGCCGGGGGGGUGGGGCACGCUACAGCUCUCCGGGGAGCAGGGCAUCCCCCUGCGUAGGAACGCCGAAAUCAUGGCCGAGUUCUCAUUUGGCAUCAACGGCAUUUUACAUCAGCAUGGCGGAUAUCCAUCUGAAACCUUUACUUGCGUGCAGAAAUAUGGACUUACUUUGCUUGUAACUGCUGAUCCUGAGCUCAUGAAAUACCUAAAUAAUGUCGUGGAACAACUGAAAGAUUGGUUAUACAAGUGUUCAGUUCAGAAACUGGUGGUAGCCAUCUCAAACACUGAAGAGGUCCUUGAAAGAUGGCAAUUUGAUAAUGAGUUUGACAAGACUGCCAAAGAUGACAGCACACCCAGAGAAAAGUCUCAGAAGGCUAUCCAAGAUGAAAUCCACUCAAUGAUCAGACAGAUCACAGCUACAGUCACGUUCCUACCACUGCUGGAAGUGUCCUGUUCAUUUGAUCUACUGAUAUAUACAGACAAGGAUUUGGUUGUACUUGAAAAAUGGGAAGAGUCGGGACCACAGUUGAUUACUAGUUCUGAGCAAGCCCGUCUUCAUUCCUUCACUACCACAAUCCACAAAGUAAAUAGCUUGGUGGCCUACAAAAUCUCUGUCAAUGACUGA